AUUGGGGCCAAGACGGCGGCACGGCAGUCGCUGUCGGAGUCUCACGCGGUGCGCGCAGUCAGUUGGCAGUCUGGCCUCGUAGCGUGCGGACGUGUGCCGUCUUCGUGAUCUCGCUCUCGCGCCCGCAGGAGCCCGCAUUUUAUAUAUACGCACUACAAACGUAUAUAACGCUGUUUUGCCUAUAUAUACGCAUAUAUAGGUACUCUCUCUCUCUCUCUCUCUCGCGAGAGAUACAUACAUAUACAAACGCGUUCGCCGUCAGGCUCUCGCGCAUAGUGCACCGACGCAUCGCGGUAUCGGAUCGCUGUCAGCCGCGAGCGCGGAGUUCAAGUUCACUCGCCCAGAGGCGGGAGGAAGGAGAAGCCCCUCCCCGCCGCGUCUCCAGUGGCAAGUCGAUCGUUCUCUCUUUUCGGAGUGUCGUCUCGUCGCUCACGCGAGUGUCUCCCGAACGGACGCGACCGUACUGUUACACCUCGCUCCGUUUCGUCGAGUGCCCCGGUGGGAUACGACUCUCCUCUCGCCCGCGGAGUAAAGUUUCUCCGAGAUUCGUGUUACGGGGACGACUGUUAUGUCGCUGUGACAGACCCGCGCGCGCCGGAGGUUCGAUGAACGGGGCAUUGCCGCGUGCCGUUCCCGUUUCGACGAUCGUAUCGCGAUAGUUACACCCCGCUUGGGAACUGUACGCUUUUUUUUUUGGACUGUUUGACGCGCGCCCGAAGGUGAACCCGACGAGGAUCGAUCUGAUCGACGGCAAGGUGGAUCGCGAUUCCAUCGUGCGCUUCGGAACGGAACCUUUCAAGAUUGAUGUACUAAGAAGACAAAUUAUGGUGGCAGAGUUUGUCGCCCGCCAAAGUGGAUCGCCCAUCAAUGGUGAGACCGCGUGCCUGAACAGCAACAUGCCGGCCACGCACACAAUGGCGCACGGCGGCGGCCACGGCGCGCCCCACGGUGGGCCCCAUGACGCCCAUGGACCCCUCACGGUGCCCCUCACGCAUCCCGGCCAUCACGGCGGACCCCCGGCUGCGAUCCAGCAGCAACAUCAGCAUCAGCCGCAGCAACAGCCCCCGCCGCCGCAACAGCAGCAACAGCAGCAGCCCCAACCGCCGCAUCACCAUCACCACCACCAGGCUCAGCAGCCGCAGCAGCAACAACAGCAGCAGCAGCAGCAGCAACAACAACAACAACAUCAUCAUCAUGACGCGUCGCAGACGCAUCCUGAGAACUUUCCGCCCAACUUCGACAUACGGAAGGAGCUGUUCUCGCAACGUAAGCAGCGCGAAUUCAUCCCCGAUAACAAGAAGGACGACAGCUACUGGGACCGUCGCAGGCGCAACAACGAGGCGGCCAAGAGAUCGCGCGAAAAGCGCCGUUUCAACGACAUGGUCCUGGAACAACGGGUGAUGGAACUCAGCAAGGAGAAUCACAUUCUCAAGGCACAGCUCGACGCGAUACGCGACAAAUUCGGGAUCUGCGGCGAGUCCGUGAUUAGCACGGAACAUGUGCUAGCGGCGUUGCCCGCAGAGCCCACGAUCAGCGUGAAACGCGCGAAGCUGCCGACGUCGGCGGCGCUUCUUUACGCGCGCACGCCGAGCCCGGUGCACACCUCGGUGAUCCAUCAGCCGGUGAGCGGCGCCCGUUCACCGAGAUCACCGGCCUCGCAGCUCUACGUGCCCGAGACGACCGCUUACCCGGAGACCGAGAGCUUCCAGUAUCCGUACUCGCACCCGGCGAUGCAUCACCUGGACACCACGAGCGCGCUGAACCUGUCGUCGCGCGGUCGCCGGGCGCAAUCGCCGUUCGAGCUGUCCUCGGGCAGCGGCGACGAGGCCAGUCCUCAGAUGGUCGUGGGAUCCCAGAACAAUCCGGCCGCCAAUAACAGUCUGCCUCACAAGCUCAGGCAUAAGUCGCGCAUCGGCGACAAGGAUGCCGCGAGCGCGCUCCUCGCGCUUCAGGGCAUCAAGCAGGAACCCGGCCCGCGAGCGUCGCCGCCCUGGGACGAGGGCUCCAGCGACGAGCGUGACUCCGGCAUAUCGUUGGGCGCCGAAUGGACCGGGCCGACCGUCACCGCGGUCUCGGAGAGCGAUCGGGAGGUGAAGAUGAAACUGGACCGCCUCGCGUCCGAAGUCGCGUCCCUGCAAUCGAUAUUCCGCCUCAAACCCGCCGCAGCGGCGGCUGCGGCUGCGGCAGCGGACAGCUUGGUGACGGGUCACUCUGCCGCCACGGUCAGCGGACCGUGAAGGACGUAGCUGACCUCCCCCCCCUUCUUUCGUGGGUCGCCGCGAGCCCUCCUCCUCUUGGCCAAAUGCCGGAAUCCUUGGAAAUUGAAUGUGGAGACGUUGGAUAGCAGGUCGGGACGUUGUCUGGAGGACGCAUGGGAAGGACGACGGAUCCUUGAAACGUCGCAGAGUUUGAUCACAUCGUUUGAACUGCAAACUAAAUCCCAUUCGUAUACAAUCAUGGAUUUUGUAAAACAGUGCUUCCCCGAAUUUUUGUAGUUUUGAAUUUGAAAUUGACACGCCUAUUGUCCUUCCUACUUUUGAUUUCGUAAACGUUUUGGAUGUAUGUCAAUGCUAUUUAAAAAUAUAUUAUAUUAUCAUCAUCAUCAUUAUUAUUAUUAUUAUUGUUGUUAUAAUAUUAUUCUUAAUUGUAAUAUACUUUAUAAUAAUUAUUAGAAAUAUAUAAAUAUAUACAUAUAAUAAUACGUAUAAAAUAAAAUUUUGUACGUAUAUUCUAAAUAUGUACACAUCCAAGAUUCGCAACGAUCUCAGACUAGUCUUGUCCCUGAGGUAGAAGUAAAAAAGGCGUAAAUAUCGAUAUGUUAAUCCUAAGCCCAAAGUUAAAUAAAUUCUGGGCAGCACUGUUAGAAAUUCGUGUAAAGAAUUGAAAAGAAUUUGCGUUCGCUUAAAAAAAAAAAAAAUGAAGAUCAGGCGAAGAAUUUUUGCGUGCCGAUGCAGACGAAUCGAUGAUCGAUUUUUCAUCCAUAAUUUGAUCAUCCGAUAUUGAAAUAAGACGGAACACACUCGCGAAUCUCUCUCGUGAACAAUUUGCGACUAUCGAUUGCUGAUAGCUCUGCUCGUUGCAACCGUUGCGGAAUGCGAUCGGGAGACGCUCUCGUCUCCUAUGAACAAACUUUAAUCCUUCAACUCGUAGAUUGUACAAUUCCCCGGAACGCGGAGGGUUUCCCCUUCGACGAAACUUAUAACUUAUUGUGAUAGCGCGAGAGAUGCCGCAGACCGGCAUCCCUCUUUACGUGUGGAAACGAGUCUCUCCUCCCCCUCCUCCCCCGCAUGGAUUCGAACGGCUACCGGUCGAAGGGUUAAAGACGUUCUCCACUCAUAGCUUCCCGUGAAGCGAGGCGGAUAUUAGGAGUUAAGAGCCGAUGCGAGAUACCUUGUAGCGCUACGUAAGUUACGUUGUAAGACUCCCCCGUAGGCUAAUCGUUCUUCUAUUAUUACCAUUAUCGUUAACUAGAGAGCUUUGUCGAUUCGGGCAGUCGUGUCGCGACGAGCCGAGCCGAGCCGAGCCGAGCCGAGCCGUGCCGAGCGUAAUCGGCGAGAUCAGGUGAACGAAGCACCGCUCGAUCUGUAUUAAAACGGAACAUUAUUACACGCGAGUGUUACUCCCCCGAUUGAUGAUGAUUGGUCGCGCAACCGGCUAUUUCACUACCAUCGAAUAUCCACAAUAAUUGAUCCAUUCCCGCGUAACGAAGCAGGGAUUUCUUCUUCCUUCUCCUUUUUUCUUAUUCCUCGUGUGUCAUCGUCAUUAUCCCUCAUCGUCAUCUUUCUCCCAUUCGCGAUCAUAGGACGAUCUCGCGUAUCGAAGCUUCGAUGCUUUAAUUUUCACAUUCUCGAACCAUUCAUUCAUUCAUUUAAUCAAAUGAUCGAACUUCGGCUCAUCGUUGAUGAUCCUGGCUGAUUAAACAUUAAAAAUUUACCUAAGCGAUUUUUACCUCGUCCGAAAUUUGAGAAAUUCGGCCUUGCAUUCAUUCCGAAUUCGCUUUUUAUUUAUUGCCUCCGUUGCAUCUCUCGAGAGCAGCGCGUUGAAACUUGAACGAAGUUCCGCGAAACUUCGAAUCCCUCAUCC